GUAAUAAUUGGUUUUAUGGUAGAAAGUAUAAUAACGAUGAACUUCAAAUAUACAUACCUGAAAUUGUAAUCGACACAGAGGAUGCUUUUGUAAGAACAACUCUGCGUAUUAUCAAAAACCGAAAAAAGCCAAGGGCUAUAAUAUCGGUUAAUAAAAGAGAUAUUCAUGAUUUUUACAAAAUACUUCCUGGAAAAUCAAAAGAUUUAUU